AUGGUUGAAGCCGGGGAGAUUGUAAUCCGGAAAAGGGAGGCGCAAGGGCCGAACGUAAAUAGGAACCCUUUGCCGGAACAUGCCAAUACCAUUGGGGUUAUUCUGGAUGAUACGGAGUAUGUGGAACCAGUCAAAGAAUUGGCAAGGGAAGCUGAAGUGUUUGGGGUCACAGACCAACCUUUUGUCAUAGAACUGCCAUUUGAAGAGGAUGAGAAACCCUUUAUCUUGGAUCUCACGCCAGCUGAGAGUGAGUCUUUGGAGCCGGUGGUUAUCGAAUUCCCGAAGCAGGAGCCUGUCCUGAGCCUGCAACAAGUACCAUGGAAUUAUGAUGAACCUACUGUACAGAUUGGGGAAAGGUCAAUUGCAAAGAAGGAAGUAUCAGUGGUCACAAGAUCGGGGAAAAUUGCAAGCCCGUUUGAAGCAACCAUUCCGAUUCAAGCAAAUAAUUCCGAGCCACCCGCCAAACCAACAAUCACUGAGAAGGAAGCCUUGGAUUUUCUUAAAAGGCUCCAGAGAAGUGAAUACAAUGUGAUUGAGAAGCUAAGCAAGUCACCUGCCCAGAUAUCCAUGUUGGAUUUACUUUUUUCUUCAGAUGUGCAUAGGGAUGCGUUGAUCGAGGUAUUGACUAAAGCUCAAAUCCCUAGGGACAUUUCUGUUGAUAAUUUUUCGCACGUGGUUGGGAGUGUGUUAUUCACCAAGCAAAUUACUUUUUCUGACGAGGAAUUGCCGGCGGAAGGCAUUGGACAUAACAAGGCCCUGUACAUAGUUGUGAGGUGCAACGGAAAAAUGUUGCCGAAGGUAUUAAUUGACAAUGGAUCUGCUCUUAAUAUCUGUCCUUGGAGCACCUUGGAAAAGCUGGGAUUACAAGAUAUCAAGCUGAGGCCUUCAGGGACCGAGGAGCAAGCUCUAUCAAAGGCCAGUGUCAUGAUGGCUAAAGAAAUGAUCCGUGGAGGCUAUGAAUUUGACAAAGGGCUGGGACGAGAUCUGCAAGGAAUUUUGAAGCCAGUGGAGAUUAUUGAGAAAAAUGAUUCGUUUGGUUUGGGUUUCCGACCAACUGCUAAGGAUAUCAGAGAAAUGAAGGAGCGCAAGAAAGCGGAGAAAGAAGGAAGGCAAAGGUAUGAGGAAAAACCAAAACCGAACCUGGAAGAAACAGAAAAGGUUAACAUUGGCACUGAGGAUGAGGUUAAGGAGGUGCAAAUUAGUAUUCAUUUGAAUGAAAGGCAGAAAAAGGAGAUGCUUGAAUUUUUGACUAUGUUCCAAGAUGUCUUUGCGUGGUCCUAUGAUGAUAUGACUGGCAUUUCAACUGAUGUGGUGGUGCAUAGGUUACCCACAGACCCUUCUUUUCCACCCGUAAAGCAAAAACCCAGAAAAUUCAAACCAGAUAUGAGCCUCAAAAUAAAAGAGCAGAUUGAAAAACAACUCAAAACCAACAUUAUCAUUGUUUCCCAUUACCCAAUUUGGCUUUCAAAUCCUGUCCCUGUUCCAAAAAAGAGUGGAGAGGUAAGAGUUUGUAUUGACUAUAGAGACCUUAAUAAAGCCAGUCCUAAAGAUGAUUUCCCUCUACCAAACAUUCACAUUCUCUUAGACAAUACGGCCGGACAUGAGAUUGAAACCUUUUGCGAUUGUUUCGCUGGCUACCACCAAAUUUUAAUGGCAGAGGAGGAUAGGGAGAAGACUGCUUUCAUUACCCCUUGGGGUACCUUUUGCUACCGAGUCAUGCCUUUCGGUUUAAAGAAUGCUGGAGCAACAUAUCAGAGGACCAUGACAACCCUAUUUCAUGAUAUGAUCCAUCGGGAGAUGGAGGUCUACGUGGAUGAUAUUAUAAUCAAGUCUAAAAGGGCAGAGGAUCACUUGGUUGAUCUGAAGAAAUUAUUCGAGAGGUUACGGAAGUACAAUUUGAAGCUAAAUCCUGCAAAAUGCGCCUUCGGAGCACCUGCGGGUAAGCUGUUGGGAUUCAUUGUUAGCAAGAAGGGCAUAGAAAUAGAUCCGGCAAAAAUCAAAGCAAUUCGAGAUAUGCCAGUGCCAAAAACUCAGAAGGACGUGAAAAGCUUCUUAGGGAAGAUCAAUUUCAUUGGGAGGUUCAUUGGCCAACUAACUGCCACAUGCGAGCCGUUGUUCAAAUUAUUGAGAAAGAAUGUGCCGUUGUAUUGGAAUGAGGAGUGUCAACAGGCUUUUGACAAGAUUAAAGAUUAUUUGUUGCAUCCACCAGUUUUAGUGCCGCCCAAACCGGGCCGACCUUUGAUUAUGUAUUUAUCUGUACUCGAUGGAGCAGUAGGGUGUGUUCUAGGUCAGCACGAUGAAUUCGGAAGGAAAGAACAAGCCAUUUACUAUCUAAGCAAAAAGUUCACGCAGUACGAGGCUAAUUAUUCAUUCAUUGAGAAAAGCUGCUGUGCAUUGGCCUGGGCAGCCCAGAAGUUGAGACACUAUCUGUUGAGUCAUACCACGUAUCUUAUUUCCCGGUCUGAUCCUUUGAAGUAUCUUUUGGAGAAGCCGAUGCUGACUGGGCGUUUGGCGAAAUGGCAAAUAAUUCUAUCAGAGUUCGACAUUGUUUUCACCUCACAAAAGGCGGUCAAGGGGCAAGCUAUAGCUGAUCAUUUGGCGGAAAAUCCAAGGGAUGAUGAUUAUCAACCACUCCGUACUUAUUUCCCUGACGAGAGGGUCCUAUUUGUAAGCGCUGCAGAUGAUAUAAGUGAACAAAGUCCUGAAUGGAGGCUUUUCUUCGAUGGAGCUUCAAAUUCUCUCGGAGUUGGAAUUGGAGCUGUUUUGGUGUCACCCGAAGGGAAGCACUACCCUGCCGCUGCCAAAUUACAAUUCGCUUGCACGAAUAACAUGGCUGAAUAUGAAGCCUGCAUUUUUGGUCUCAAAAUGGCUUUGGAAAUGGAAAUCAAAGAGUUGAUAGCUUUCAGCGAUUCAGAUUUGCUCGUGAACCAAACUUUGAAGCAGUGGAUAACCAAAGAUUCAAAAAUUCUACCCUACCAUUGUAGCCUGCUCACUCUGGCCAAGCAAUUUCAAAAUUUGGAAUUCAGACAUCUUCCUCGAGCCCGAAACGCAUUUGCUGAUGCUUUGGCCACUUUAGCUUCCAUGAUCCAGUAUCCAGAUGAAUUAAAAAUCGAACCAAUCCAAGUUCAACUUCAAGACAAGCCUGCCCACUGCUGGGUUGCAAAUGAGUCUUUUGACAAUGUUCCUUGGUAUAGUGAUCUUAAGGAGUUUCUUAAAACUGGGUCUUACCCUCUGCAUGCUGGUACAAAAGACAAGAAUUUUCUGCGUAGAAUGGCUUCCAAAUUCUUCUUAAAUGGAGAAGUGUUAUACAAAAGAACCUCGGAUUUGAACCUUUUAAGGUGCAUUGAUGAGGAUGAGGCUCAAUAUAUGAUGAAAGAAGUGCAUAGUGGCGUUUGUGGACCUCACAUGAAUGGCCAUUUGCUAGCAAAGAAAAUCAUGAGAACCGGAUACUUCUGGCUUACUAUGGAGCAUGAUUGUAUAGACUUUGUCCGGAGAUGUAUAAAAUGCCAAAUGCACGGUGACAUUAUACGCGCUCCACCCACUGAGUUGCAUAGCAUGACCGCCCCGUGGCCUUGUUCAAUGUGGGGUAUGGACAUGAUUGGUACAAUCGAUCCUCCUGCUUCAAAUGGACAUCGAUUUAUAUUGGUGGCAAUUGAGUACUUUACCAAGUGGGUUGAAGCGGAGUCAUUCAAACAUGUCACGAAGAAGGUAGUGGCCAAUUUCCUGAGAGAUCACAUCAUCUGUCGUUUUGGAGUACCCGAAACGCUUAUCACGGACAAUGCCAAGAAUUUGAACAAUGACAUGGUAGAUGGACUAUGUGAGCAGUUCAAAAUCAAACACCGCAAUUCUGCCAUUUAUAGGCCUCAGAUGAAUGGAGCUGUAGAAGCCGCAAAUAAGAAUCUGAAGAAAAUUAUCCGCAAAAUGACAGAAAAGCAUCGCGAUUGGCAUGAAAAGUUGCCUUAUGCACUCAUGGCGUACCGGACUUCUAUCCGGACAUCGACUGGGGCAACGCCAUAUUCGCUUAUGUAUGGGAUGGAAGCUGUAUUACCAGCUGAGGUUGAAAUUCCGUCGCUACGAAUCCUUAUGGAAGCUAAAUUGGAGGAGGCCGAUUGGAUCAAGCAGCGCCAUGAGCAAUUGACUUUGAUAGAUGAGAAGCGAUUCAACGCUAUCUGUCAUGGUCAGUGUUAUCAAAAGCGUGUGGCCCGGGCUUACAACAAAAAGGUCCAUCGGCGGGCAUUUGAAGAAGGUGACAAAGUGCUAAAGCGAAUCUUGUCGAUGCAAGAUGAAGCUAAAGGCAAAUUUGCUCCAAACUGGCAAGGGCCGUUCAUUGUCCAAAAGGUAUUACCUGGCGGAGCUCUUAUUUUGGCGGAAAUGGAUGGACGGGUUUUCCCUCAACCCAUCAACUCAGAUAUGUGCAAAAAGUUUUUCAUUUGA